UGAGGUGGCAGUUUCGUAACUUAAAAAGCAGCUUUUCUAGACAUUUUACGUGUCAUAAAAGUAUGUUAUUUAAUUAUUAUUUACAAAGAGACGAACAAAAACCUUGAGAGAUGGCUCAUAUUCUGUUGGGUAUUUUAUGGGUUUUGGCAACUUGUGUAAAUGGAAAAGAAACUAAAGGUUCAGAAACAGUGAUUGUUGAUCAAAAUACAAAAAAGGAACGAAAUUUUGUUAACAUGGGAGAGCUGGGGGCUUUUGAUACUGGCUAUCCAUUUGAUUAUCCUCCACUGGAAAGAAUGCUUAGUGAAGAACCAGACAGUAGAGAAACUAUUGGCACAGUGUUCCGGUUUUUCAGAUCAACAAAGAAGAAUAUUCCACUGUACCUUUCUAAUAUGAACUUCUCCUCGGUAGAUAUCAGUGAGAGUGAUUUCUGCCGAAAGUGUAAGACGUAUUUUCUCAUACAUGACUAUGAUGGAAAAAAUGCGGAAUGGCAGUGUAGACUAGAGAAUGCAUUGUUAAACAGAACCGAGUGUAACAUAUUCAUUGUCAACUGGAAUACCGAUGUCAGGCAGCCUUAUGAAAAGGCUAUUGCUAACAUACGGGUAGUAGGUGCAGAAGUUGGAUUCUUUAUGCAGCGUAUAACAAUGUUUUCUGUAAAGCCACGUCUCAUUCAUAUCAUCGGCCAUGGACUUGGUGCACAUGCUUCCGGAUAUGCUGGUAAAUGGUUCCAUGACAGAGAAGAACUGUUAGUUGGUAGAAUUACUGGUUUAGAUCCAGCAGGCCCCUUUUUCAAUGGCGUGGAAAACAUUGUAAGAUUAGAUAAAGGUGAUGCAAGCUUCGUUGACAUCAUCCACACCAAUAUGGACGGACAAAGCUUGAAAGGUUACGGUUUAAAAGAACCUAUUGGACACCUAGACUUUUAUCCAAACGGAGGUGAAAUUCAACCUGGCUGUUCAACAGAAUUAAGUAUUAAUGCUCAGAAUGCUACUGAUGUGCUGAGCUACAUGAACAGUGUUGCCAUAAUAAAAAAAUACUCUCACACAAGCGAUACACGUUCUACAGUUGUUGAAAAUAUAUCAGAUCUGUCCUGCAGCCAUGCCAGAGCUUACGAGUACUUCAUUGCCAGUUUAGAUGAAACAAACUGCAAAUUUGUAUCCUUGACCUGCUACAGUUGGAAUGGGUAUUAUAACGGUGGCUGUGCUUCAUGCGAUACCAGCUCAUGUAUAAGGAUGGGAUUUUAUUCAGACGUAGAUGGACGUGCAAUAAAAAGUGAAACGUCUCUUAAACUUUAUGUGACUACCAAAAGCUCCCCUAAUUUUUGCUACGUAAAUCUGUUGAAAGAGCUUUCAGAUAAAUCAGUUCUUAACAAAUACAGGAUUGAACAUUUGAAUAAAAGAUUUGAAGAUCCGGCACGGCAGGCACAAUCUCUAGAAGUGGCACAACGACAAUCACAAGGGCAAGCCAUGAGUAGACAGGUGUAUAUGAAAAUAAAGCUUUCCCGUUGGAAAACUGAAGUCGUGUGUACACUUCAUGAUAUGAAGGAUGAAAGUGUUGUCGACAUGGAAGAACUGGGAAUCUUCGAUACUGGCUGUCCAUUUGAUUAUCCUCGUAUGGAAAGAGCAAUUAGCCUGAAACCACAUAGUAGAGAAAAUAUUAACACAGAAUUCAGCCUUUUCAGCUCAACAAAUAAAGAUAUUUCCGAGAAAAUUAAUAAUACACAUUUUUUUUGCUGGUCUGAGCAACAUAAAGGUUUUCCCCGUGCGAUUGAAACCUAUUUUAUUUUACGGGAUUAUCUUGGAAGAAAUUCAGAAUGGCAACUAAGGUUAAAGGAUGCCAUUUUGAAGACAAGGGCUUGCAAUGUAUUCGUCGUCGACUGGUCAGACGAUAAAGAACAGCAUUACGAACAAGCGGUUGCAAAUAUACGAGUAGUAGGAGCUGAAGUUGGUCUUCUUAUCGAGCGUCUGGUGUAUGUCUUGAAAUUCGAUCCAGGGCAGGUGCAUAUCAUUGGCCAUGGCCUUGGCGCCCAUGCAGCUGGAUAUGCCGGCAAAUGGUUCCAAAAUAGACAAAACAAGUUAAUUGGUAGAAUUACAGGUUUAGAUCCAGCAGGCCCCUAUUUCAAUGGCGUACAUAAAGUAGUGAGAUUAGAUAAAGGUGAUGCUAAAUUUGUUGAUGUCAUACAUACCAACUUAAUUGUUUAUUUAGGGUAUGGAUUAAAAACACCUAUUGGGCAUGCAGAUUACUAUCCAAAUGGAGGUGAAUUUCAACCUGGCUGUGAAUCGUCAUUAGAUGUUGGAUCUGGAAACAGAAAUGAAUUUGCGAGUUACACAAGUGGUUUCAAUGUAAUAGACAAAUUAUAUUUUAAAAGUACCAUGAAAGCCACAAAGGAAGAGCACAGAAAUCUAGUCUGCAGUCACAACAGAGCGUAUGAAUAUUUCAUUGAAAGUUUAGAAGAUGUGGACUGCAAAUUCGAUUCCAUGAGCUGCUACAACUGGCAUGCUUUUAAUUUUAGUGGAUGCGGGCCAUGCAAUCUUACCACGUGUAUGAGUAUGGGGUUUUAUUCUGACAUAGAUACAUAUUCAUUCAAAUUCGAAGGGCCUCUAAAACUGUAUUUGAAAACCAAUGACUUUCCUCCUUAUUGUAUUCCUAAUCCUCAACGACAAAUAUCAAAAUUAUACUCUGAUACCAAAAGAUUCCUUAAACAGAUUUAUCAAAGAUGUAAUUUAUUGAAAAUAGGUAUAAAAGAUCUACUCUGUUUAUAAGAAUUGA